AUGAACUAUACGCGAUCGAAUGAACUGCCUCACGACAUCACUCUUGGUGAAUUUCUCUUCCACAGGUUUAAACAGUUGCACAGUGAGACUAUCUUUGGAUUGCCGGGCGCUUUCAACACACAAUUGUUGGACAAAUUAGCUAAAGUGCCCGGAUUGCGUUGGGCAGGUAACACCAAUGAGCUAAACGCUGCCUAUGCAGCCGAUGGCUACGCUCGAUUGAAGGGAAUCGCCUGCAUGAUAACCACUUUCGGGGUUGGCGAACUCAGCGCGAUCAACGGCGUGGCGGGAUCGUUUGCUGAACAUGUGGGACUCUUGCAUGUGGUUGGUAUGCCUCCAACGAGUGCUCAGACAAAACAAUUACUUUUGAACCAUACCUUGGGGAACGGAGACUAUAAAGUUUUCUAUCGAAUAGCCAGCGAGGUGGCUUGCUACUCAACUCUGAUGGCAGACCAGGACCUUUGUGCUGAGGAAGUCGAUGAUUGCAUUACAAGAGCUUGGAUUUUACAAAAACCGGUAUAUUUGGGCAUACCUAUAAAUCUGAUAGAGACGAUGGUUAGCUCGGCGAAACUGGACAAGCCGUUGAACCUUAAGUUACCCCCAAACGACAAGCAUAUCGAGGAAGAGGUCGUUAACCAGAUUCUGCAGCAUAUGUAUAAGGCUAAGAAUCCAGUGAUCAUUUCGGAUGCAUGCGUCAUAAGGCACCAUGUGGUUGCAGAGACGACUGAGCUCAGCACGAGGACAAGGUUCCCGGUAUACACUACACCAAUGGGAAAAGGUGCCAUUGAUGAAAGUCUCCCGAACUUUGGCGGCGUCUUUAUGGGUUCUAUCUCUCCGCCAGAAGUACGGGAAGUGGUGAAUUUUGCAGAUUUUGUACUCGUCGUGGGAUGUAUGUUGGCAGAUUUCAGCACCAGCUCGUUCCAUUUCGGCUACAAGACCAAAGAAUGUGCCCUGCUGUUCCCAACCUCCGUCAAGUUCAAGCAUGCGAUAUAUCCGGAUCUUCACAUCAAGUCUUUACUGGAAGCUUUGUUGCGUAAGCUGGACGAAUCGAAGAUCAAGUACAAGUGCCAGCCUGCCCCUCCAAUGAUAAUACCGAAAAGCCAAUUGCCCAGCCGACAUACGCUGAGGCACGAGUGGAUAUGGAACCAGAUGUCCAAUUGGUUCCAACAGGGCGACAUUAUCAUCACUGAGACCGGUACUUCUGCCUUCGGCAUCAACCAGACCCACUUCCCAUACGACUCCCGCGGCAUAUCCCAAGCAUUGUGGGGAUCGGUCGGUUAUACUGUUGGAGCGUGUUUGGGGGCAUGUUUCGCAGUGGAUGAAAUGGCGAAAGACAGUUUAUCUCCUGUUUCGCGAAGGGUCAUACUGUUCGUCGGUGAUGGUGCAUUACAGCUGACCGUGCAGGAGGUCUCAACCAUGGUCCGAUGGGGGCUGAAGCCCUACAUUUUCAUCAUGAACAACCAAGGUUACUCUGUCGAUAGGUUUCUACACCAUAGAUCCAAUGCAAGCUACUACGACAUUCAGACAUGGGACUACCUACGCCUUCUAGCCACUUUCGGUGCCAGAUCCUACGAGGCGAGAAAGAUUGUCACGGUCGGCGACUUUCUGGAGAUGGUUCAGGAUCCGCAUUUUGCUCGCAAUGACAAGAUACGAAUGCUCGAAAUAAUGCUGCCACCAAUGGACGUUCCUCAAGCCUUGAUGGACAGAUGGCUGACAGAGCAGGAAAGUAAAAAGAGGGCGGGCGAAGAGACCGACGCAUAUACGCCCAGCCCCGAAAGUAGCCUGAAAAGGAUCCGUAGCGACGAUUUGACGCCUACCGACUAA